GGCACAGGUGUGCAGGUGCGAACGAGGGGGCGUGGCUUCACCGCCAGGUCCGUGCCUUAUAAAUAUGGCUGCGCGGGUUGGCUAGAAUCUCCAUGCUUUUUGUGGAUAUAGAACGUGGUGAGGGUGUAUGUUUAAUAAUAAUUGGCGUGUUUACAAACGGUUUGUGUCUUUGAACGUUUCCCAGGUGCUGAACAUGAGCACGGGCACGCCGUACAUCGGCAGUAAAAUCAGCCUCAUCUCCAAGGCUCAGAUCCGCUAUGAGGGAAUUUUAUACACUAUCGACACCGACAACUCCACUGUGGCUCUGGCUAAAGUGAGGUCCUUUGGCACGGAGGGACGCCCUACGGACCGACCCGUACCGCCACGGGAUGAGGUAUUUGAUUACAUCAUCUUCAGAGGAAGUGACAUCAAAGACAUUACUGUUUGUGAGCCACCGAAGCUACACCACGGUCUUCCUCAGGAUCCUGCAAUUGUUCAGUCGUCUGUAGGCAGUUCGUCUUUAACGUAUGGCCAUCAGGGAGGUUACAGUCCCUACAGGAGCAUGAUGCCACCUUAUAACCCACUCGCUGCUAGCUCUCUGCUCAAUCAGCAGUACGCUGCUGCACUCAGCCUGGGAGCCGGACUGCAUGGACCUCUGAGAAGGGGUCCCAUGGUUGAGCAGGCUGUCCAGACGGUGCCUGCUGAAAAACCAGCUCUGAAAAAAGGCCCGGUAUCACAGCAGCCGGGCCGUGAGAGCGUCCGGGUACAGCAAGGCAGAGGAAGUCCUCAAACGCAGAGGAGCGCCGCUUCUGGGAUUUCUCAGCAAGGAGAUGUACAAGCGCAGAAUCAAGCUAAUGAUGAGAACAGACCACCGCAGAGAAGGAGACAAGUUAAGCUUUAUUGUUUGGCAAGAACAAAGUGUUUGUUUGUUUUUUUUGGGGGGGAUUUUUAUUUAUUUUUUUUAAUGGAUUUGUUUGGUUUUGACUGCUGGGUAUCCUGUUUCCCUGCAGGUAAUCGCCGAGCCCGGAAUCGCAACCGAGGUCAGAUUAUCGUCGCGAACAGCAAGCCCACUACCCUUCAGUUUGAUUCGGACUUUGAUUUUGAAACGGCUAACGCGCAGUUCAACAAGGACGAGCUCCUCAAGGAGGUUCAAGGCAACUCAAAAGGCGAAGUCAAAGAUAAAGAGGAGAAGGAGAAAUCAGACUCUGGAGUGGAGACUCAGAACAGCGAGGGAGCCGGGGACGAGGAGCCGCUUGGCCCAAAGUGCUUCUACAACAAGGCCAAAAGCUUCUUUGACAAUGUCUCUUCUGAACUCAAGUCAAGAUGUCCUGAGAAGUCACAUUGUGGUGGGCAGUUCUCACGACUUUCAAAUAAUUCCGGCGCGAACCCUCGUUUCAGACGUACGACGUGGGCGGAGGAGCGCAAGCUGAACGUGGAGACCUUCGGAGUUCCUGGUCGUUUCUUAAGAGGCCGUGGGUUUCGUGGUGGGUUCAGAGGGAGGAGGGGAAGAGGGAUGAAUCAGCGUGGCUCUGCUCAACCAGCUGUUGGGAGCGGUAGAGUGUGAUCACGGGUAAGCUUGAGAAAAUACACCCAAUUGAUUUAAAGGAGUGGUUUCUUAAAUUCUUGAAUUUCAUGCUUAUCCUAAAGUUUUAUUUAAAUAAAGGUGUUUAUUAGAAACUUGUGUUCAGUAACUUGUUUUGUUUCCUCUCUUGCAGAUCUAGAUUUCUUCACGUAGCCACCAAGUGCUUUUGUAAAUACAAAAUUUCUCCUCCCUUUUUUUUUUUUUUUCUUUAAUACCUCAUAAUUUCAGUUGGGGUCCUGCACUUUAACUCUAACUGUUAUUAAAUGAACAGAUUUUUUUUUUUAUUUGCUUGUCCAAAGGCAUAUAUUGUUUUCUUCUUGCUAUUACUGCUUUAUCACUAGUGAAUGUGUUUAUAUUUAAAAAAAAAAAACAAACUGAUUGCACAAACUAAAAUGCACAUUAACUUGACGGUCAACGUUUGACUAAGAAAGCACUUUUAUUU